AAGCGCUCUCUAUAUAAGGUUUGGGGAAGGGUUGGGAAAUCUGUGACACGAAGUUAUUUAAGACGGCAGGCGUCGUUAUCCCGGUCAGUCGCGAGUGUGUCUUUCUGGAGCCUCAUACAUCGUAAGACAUAAUGGCUGAUAAGGAGAAGAAGGUUAAGAAGAAGAAGAAGGAAGAUGAACCAGCGGCGGCCGCUGCCCCUGCACCAGCUGCAGAUACCCGUACAUCUUCAAAAGGCUCUUCCAAGAAAGCAAAACGCUCCGGCUCUAAUGUAUUUUCCAUGUUCUCGCAGCACCAAGUUGCUGAGUUCAAAGAAGGUUUCCAACUUAUGGAUCAAGACAAAGAUGGUAUUAUCAGCAAGAGCGAUUUGAGAGCGACGUUCGAUGCCGUCGGUAAAUUAGCCAAUGAAAAAGAAUUAGACGAGAUGCUCAAUGAGGCUCCCGGACCAAUUAAUUUUACGCAACUGUUGGGUCUAUUCGGCACUCGUAUGCAAGACUCCGGUGGUACCGACGAUGAUGAUGUUGUCAUUGCCGCCUUCAAAUCUUUCGACGAAAAUGGCACAAUUGACAGCGAAAGAUUCAGGCACGCGUUAAUGACGUGGGGAGAAAAAUUCACCGCCAAGGAAGUGGAUGAUGCAUUUGACUCCAUGGAAAUUGACGAUAAAGGAAGAAUUGACACGUUGGCGCUUAUCCAACUUCUCACUGCUGCGCCAGAAGAAGAGGAAGAGGGAGCGGCCGCAUAAACAAUCUCAUCAUUCAAUAGUUUAUCAUUUUUUAUCGUCCAUUAUAACCAAAUAUCAUCAUCAUAAGAUACACUUGUCGCGAGGUCUAAUGCAGUUCUUCGAAGAACUUGUGUAGUAAAUAUUAAUUUCACUACCGAAACUGUUUAUUAAUUAAAAAUGAAAUUUCCAUCAUAAUAUGCAAAUGCAACUAAUGUAAACGUUUGGUCCUUUCCAUCCAAGUGACUGUAUAUGUUUGUAUAUUAUUUAAAAAAGCAUUACAUCUAUUAUUA